AGUGUUCUCACUUGCAAUAAUCACUUCUAUUCGGCAUGGCCGCAGUCGCAACCCUCAGCCUUGUAGACUCCCAGAAGAUCCUUGACAGUUGGAAAGCAGCGGGUGGACCCAGCGACGAUGAAAGAAUCCGAUAUGCAAACGCUGCUCUCAACAACCUGAAAGAUGGUAACAAGUACGCAGACAAUGUCGAAAAAGUCGGUAUCUGAGCCAACCAAGUCGACGCGGCCUUUGACAAUAUCACUCGGGGCUUCCAAGACAUGGUUAAGAAAUAUGGCAACAACUUCCACGAUCUUUCUACCUAUCUUAAUGAAUGGAAAGAUUAUAAGGCGAAAUGGGUGAAGUAUCUGUCGGAAUCGCGCGACGUGGCGUCCAAACACAUCGCGCUACUCAGAAGCUUUGGCGAAUUUCUUGGUAUUUUGAAAGAAAUCAAAACGGAACAGGAUAUUAGCAACGGUUUCGAUUCACAGUAAGGGAGGAAAACAAUGAAGUGCUGAAGCCCUUCGAUGGCUUCCUUAAGAUUUCCACGACAGGACGAAAAAGAUAAUGGUUCCUCUCAAAUGGCGCAAAAUUUCCUCGACCUCAAACGUGAUGUUCAGGCCUUUGCCAGUAGACUUGACCAAUGGAUCAAAGACAAGGGGGUAGAGCUGGCAGUUCAGGCAAAGAAAUUGAAAGACGAAAUUUCAAAACUCCAGGGAGAAAUUGAAGCUUUGGACGGCAAGGUAGAGGCUGCCAGUAUAGCACACGCAAUUUGCGCUCGGCUGCUUAAUGUUAUUGGAAUGGUUGUUGCCGGCUCCGCCCUUGCUGCCUUCCAAUCAGAGCGUGAUGAGAAGGCGUCAAUACUUCAACGUAAACAGAAUGAACUCAUCGACGUCAAUCGAAAACAGGCAGCACUAGCUCAUCUCAAGACCGAUUUCGAUGGCUUGAAGCCAGACAUCGCAUUAAUUUGUGACAAGCUGAUUUUGUUCGCCGAAAUUUGGUCUUCGGUUCGUAGCCAAGCUGUACAGUUCCAAAAACAUCUCCAGGGUGGAAUGAAUGCCCUUGGGAACCUUAGGUUCAAAUUGGAAAUUCGACUGGCCAAAGAAGUAUGCGAGCCUCUCAAGAAAGGUUUGGAGAAAUAUGCUACGCAACUCGAGAACCGUGGCAGGCAAGCGGACGAGUAAUCCGGUGCCAGCUCGCAACAGCAGUAUCUUCGUCGUUUCAUCACUUGUAUUAUAUAUGUAUAUCCCACCUUCGAAUAACUUAGUUUUCUUCGUGCUCAGUGAGUACUUUGCGCUUCUAUCGCUCAGCCUGGGUCAUAUAGAGGUGGCGAAAAUUUGUGCUUUAAUUCUAUACAAUCCUCCUGACGUCCGAAUUGCCGCACUGAAUCUUUGCUAGUUAUGUUUUGGUUCUCUCGACAUGUUUUUGGUAUAUAUUACUCCAACAAAACAGCAAGGAUGUCAGAUAUUUAAACAGUUGGCACUGGCUCGGUGAUAGUAAGGCCCGGUUUCCACCC